UCCUUUCAAUGCAUGCGAAAUGUUUUGAAGAAGCUAUAUGAAGCUAGAUAAAACAGUGGCUGGUAGAACGGUCAGAAAACAGCUACAAAGACCAAGAUUUACUCAACAGCUCCCUCUACUCUCUUAAAUGUUUAGCCAUUACACAACCAAUCAUAAACAUGCAACUGUCAGUAUUGAUUUCAAUGAGAAAUAGCUAUGUUUGCACACAUUUAGAUUUUGGCAACGUAAGUUACAGUUAACUCUCAACAUUUUCGGGAUUAACAACCAUGUGCUGAAAUGCAGUUUUACAUAAGUGACCUUCAGAAACUAGUACUUAUUCAUAUAUAGAAUCGGUUUUAGUUCAGUCAUUUGUUUUAGUAGGCUACAUUAAGUGAAAAAUGCCAAAUGUUGCCUUUGAAAUGAGCUGAAACAAGUUUUUAUAUGUAUAUUUAAUUUCUACCGAUGUUUAGUUAGUAUAAUAAAACAAAUCAGACCAUUGAAGGAAGAAAGAAUCUGUUAUUAUCAUUUAUCAUACUUGCAUUUUACAAAGGAGGUUUUGAUCGUUUUGCAAACAUGGAAGAACAGUGGCGUUGCGUGGUUGUAAAAAGUAAAUAAUAAUAAAAAAAUGUUCUGAUUAUAUCAGAGAGAAAGAGAGUGGAAGUACUGGAAAUUGCCUACAUUUUUUUAGUUUUGUAUAAAAGUUUUUGCAGUUUAAAUUGUUGUGAUGAAGCAUAAAUUCGGUGGUCUGCUUAUCUGUGUGCACAGCCUGGAUGCAGUCUACUGUAUGUGCAAGCACACACUCAUUGGUACAAGGUGGUUUUGGUUAGGUUUCAGAGAAACGAAACCUCAGGAUUAGAGCUGGUUUACCACUUCACUGUCAUAAGCAAAUCUAGAUCCAUCCUACGCUUUCUUCAAAGACGUCACAAACUAAACGGAGGAUAUUGUGGACUUUCCAAAGAAAUGACUUUGAAAAGAUGAUUCAGUUUUUAGAAGGCGGACUGCUGGAUUUCUGAGGUGGCCGAUGGAAAGUAUUACUUGUGAACUUUCAUACCGAUUAGGCUUGCCACGAUAUUAGAUUUUUCACACCACGGUUAUUGUGCCCAAAAGAAAACUUUGGGGAAAAACUUUAGCAUUCAAAUAUUUUUAUACUUGUCUAUUUAGCAUUUAUUUUGUACCCAUUCAACAAACAUAAGGAGGCAGGUAGACAGGGCGCAUGCACUCUGGGUUUCUCAGUCUUCUUUAAAGAGCCCUAUGAAAUUACAAAAUAUGUAUAAAAGAUUUAUAGAGCACUGAAGUGUGCCAGACGUGAAUUGAAAUUGUAUUUUUUCACAGAGGGGUAUGGUGUAACCCUGGUCCGCGUGUGAAGACGAUGCGCAGCGCUAAUCACUGAAUAAAUGUUCCCAAGUGAAGUGAACUUCACGGAUUCACCCUCAUCAGGGAGUAGGGAGCAACGCUGUGUAGCGACCAUGUCAAUCGGAACACAGUUCAUGCAUAAUCUGAUGAUCAGAAUCGGUGUUAAAAAAAAAAGAGAUACAUAACAUGCAGAGCGGAGGGUAUGCGAGGACUGCUGCUCUACGGAGAAGUUUCUCUGAAGUCGAAAAACUCUCAUGGUGGCGAGCUUACUUUUUUCGAAACGUGGACAAAACCUCGUGCGGCGUGACUCUCGCGUGCGCGCGCACGCGCGCGCUGCGUCUUCUUCUCGUUUAACAGCGGGCGUCUGCAUUAAGGUGCAAUACUGCCACCUGGGAGAUCAACCGGGGACUAGCUGGGGAUACGGGUUGUCGUAAGAGUCCUGUUCGGUUAUCGCCAAAAUAACGUCGAUGUCGAUAUUUCACGGUUUUAUCGCGCCACCCCUACCGUUUUGCGUCACCACAUUCAAUAUCGAUCUUAAAUACAAUGUGAGCGUUCAGUUAAAGAUUCUGAAGCAAGACCAGUCAAGAUCUGCUAUUCAAAAUGCACCAUAAAUAGCUCAUAUUAUUGGUGAAACUUUAAAUGACACAGGAUAACUGUGGUUAAACAAAAAAGUAGGCCGCUUUUUUUCUUUCUUUUUUUUUUUUUUACCUCAACCCAUUACCUUUCACCAUAAAAGGAUGCUGAGAAAAGUCUCUCAGUAUUCGAUCUGAAAAGCAAAGUGCCUUAUCUAAAGAAGAAGGGUAGACAAGAUCAGAUAUGGACCAAGCUUUUGCUCCAGUAUAUGCUCAGGCUGGUAGUAACGGAUGUCUUCAUGCAGUCCAUCCCGUGAGCAUCCAGCUCCAUCCCCAUGUCCUGAAUCAACACAACCAGCCUGUGGUCAUUGUUCAACCCUCUGCGAACAUGAGGCACCAGCCACAAGCCAAGCCUGUGCCGGAUUACAUGGGUUACUCCAUAUUUUCCACGCUGUGCUGCUGUCUCUGUCUGGGACUUUGUGCUCUUCAAUACUCUCGAGAUACUCGCUCUGCCAAUGCUGCUGGACAGAGAAGAGAAGCUGCGAAAAGCUCUCAAACUGCACUCAUCCUGAACCAUGUCGCUGUUAUUGUGGGAAUCAUCCUGCUUGGAGCAUAUGUCUUAAACACGUUUUACCUAUCAGGUCAAACCGAUUCGUAGUUAUCUUCCCAAAGAUACAUCCCAUCUGCUUUUCAAGCAAAUUUGGUAUUGUACACUCCUGUGCAAUUUUAUCUUUUUUUUGGUUCUCUUUGCAGAUCUGGAUAGUUUUAUCAUUACGUUACACAUUGCAAUACGCUUAAACGUGCAAAAUUAUAUUUUUCAAUCUUUUUAUUUUUUACUAAUUGGUAUUAAAAAAAAGUUUCAAUAGACAAAUAAAGGUAACUGUAUUGUUGUUUAAUGUACUGCAUAAACGCUUCAAAUGUAGCCACAAUGGAUUUUAAGAAUAUUCAUUUUUAAUCUUUGUUUUCUCGGAAGUCUCAAUAAUCUAUGAUUGACCUGAUAUUUGUGAAUAAUAAAGUCCAUUAACAAUAUAAAAAAACCUUUUUUG